CCAAGCCUAGGCAAUACAAGCCCAACCAAACAGUUCCCUUACUCAGCGAAAAAACACUGGAAACGAAGAAAGAAGCCGAAGAAGAAGAAAUUCGGGUAAAUUGAGAGUGCAGAUCCAGAGGUGAGUCGGGUCAAAAACUAACGAUGUUCCUCCGGGCGAUCGCACGGCCAUUAAUGGCUAAAAUGAAGGAAACAACCGGGAUCGUAGGAUUAGACGUAGUCCCAAACGCUAGGGAGGUACUGAUCAAUCUGUACACCAAAACCCUAAAAGAGAUUAAAGCGGUACCAGAAGAUGAAGGCUAUAGGAAGGCUGUGGAGAGCUUCACGAGCAACAGGCUUAAGGUGUGCCGCGAAGAAGAGGAUUGGGAAAUGAUCGAGAAACGACUUGGCUGCGGUCAGGUCGAGGAGCUUAUUGAGGAGGCUCAGGAUGAGCUUAAGCUUAUUGAGAAAAUGAUCGAGUGGGAUCCCUGGGGUGUUCCUGAUGACUAUGAAUGUGAAGUUAUAGAAAAUGAUGCUCCAGUUCCAAAGCAUGUUCCUUUGCAUCGACCUGGACCUCUUCCCGAGGAGUUCUACAAGACGUUUGAGGCUGUCCAGACCAAGAAGGAAGCGCCUGCAGUUUCCUCUGGUCAAUCAGAGUUAAAGGAGUAAUGCUCUGUAAACACAUUUUGAGGAACAUUGAGUUCGGAGUUGAAUCAGUUCCAGUGUUCUCGUUUUAUUGUUUGUGUUUGUUCUCUUGUAAUUUCUGUUUACCAGAUAAAAUAGGGUAUUCGUGAGACAACAGCCAGAAACCAUUCAGUUAAUAAUCCUAACAAGAGCGGAUGUUACAAGAAGUUGUUUUAUCAAAUCUCAUUUUUUCUUUUCUCUUA